UGCAGCCAAGUCAGUACGCCAGUCAGCAGCAGCAGGACGAUAAGUAUUCAUCUUGCAGGUUGUGUGCACGGUUGCUUGAAAUUUUCUACUGUUCUUCCGGAAAAGCAAAACUUUUCUAAUUUGCAACAAUGUUUUCUCGUACGCUAAGAAAUGUAGCAGUGCAAGGAGCGAAAAAUUUUUCCACCAGCAAUCAAAACAACGUUAAAGUAGCGGUAUGUGGCGCAUCCGGUGGAAUCGGUCAACCACUAUCUUUACUGCUUAAGCAGAGCCCGCUGGUGACCGAGCUGUCGCUGUACGAUAUUGUUCAUACACCCGGUGUGGCAGCGGAUUUGUCUCACAUUGAAACGCACUCCAAGGUCACCGGUUACAAUGGACCGGAAAACCUAGAAAAAGCCCUCGCUGGAGCACAAAUAGUGAUAAUCCCGGCUGGAGUACCCCGUAAGCCAGGCAUGACUCGUGACGAUUUGUUCAACACGAACGCCUCGAUCGUACGUGAUCUUGCUGCCGGCUGUGCCAAGGCUUGCCCGAAGGCACUGAUUGGAAUCAUUUCCAAUCCAGUCAACUCAACAGUUCCGAUUGCCUGUGACACGCUGGCUAAGGCAGGUGUCCUCGACCCCAAGAGAGUCUUCGGAGUUUCAACGUUGGACAUCGUUCGUGCCAACACCUUUAUCGGAGAGGCCUCCGGUGUUGAUCCACAAAAAGUCAAUGUCCCCGUCAUCGGUGGUCAUUCGGGUGUGACCAUUAUUCCGGUUUUGUCUCAAGCCACUCCUUCGGUCAACUUUCCCCAGGAUAAAAUAGCCGCACUGACCGAACGCAUCCAGGAAGCAGGAACUGAGGUCGUCAAGGCGAAAGCCGGUGCUGGUUCAGCUACGCUGUCUAUGGCCUACGCUGGGGCCCGCUUUGCAUUGGCUUUGGCUCGCGCCAUGAACGGAGAAAAGAAUGUGGUUGAAUGUGCCUACGUGCGUUCCGAUGUCACUGAGGCCAAAUAUUUCUCCACCCCGCUGGUGCUGGGUAAGAACGGACUCGAGAAGAACCUUGGGCUGCCAAAGUUGAACGCUUACGAACAGGAUCUGCUGAAAAAAGCUAUCCCAGAGCUUAAGAAGAACAUCCAGAAAGGCGAAGACUUCGUCAAAAAAAACUAAGUCGCUAAAGUAUUGAGCUUAAAUUGCUACACUCUUUCUGGACAAAUUUCUAAGUACAAGGUUCAGCGCAUUUGGUUUUCUACAAAAAGCAAUCUAUGUAAAAAUCCCAAAACUUUUCAGUGUUAAGAUCCAAACGCUGAUAUACAAGAUAUUAGUUAAUGUUGUGGUGCAGUGUAACGUAGGAAAAUCCGAGGAAACCAAAUCCCAAAGAAAAUGGAUGAAUGCUCAUUCAAAAUUAUGUAAAACACAUUUCAAAUGUGAUUCAUCUCGUCUGUACCAGAAAAUGACACCCAAGUCAAUAAAAUAUUUAACUUUGUUUCAAAA